CAGUUUUCCAAACUCAAACACCUCCAAACACUACUCUCUCUCUUCUCUAUUUUUUCGUAUACAAUUUCCCUUUCAUUCAUAGUUCAUCUCACAUCACCAAGGCCAAGUUAGCUUCCUAUUGAAUCAUGGCUCCAAUGGGAGACAAUGUUGUUGUGUCCAACAUGGAACUGGAGAGGUUGCUUAGCAUGAAAGGAGGCAAAGGAGAAGCUAGCUAUGCCAACAAUUCCCAAGCACAGGCCAUACAUGCCAAGUCCAUGCUUCAUCUUCUGAGAGAAACUCUAGACAGAGUUGAGCUUGUUGAGGGACGUGAGGUGCCAUUUGUGGUGGUGGACUUGGGGUGUUCAUGUGGAAGCAACACCAUAAGUGUUGUGGAUGUGAUAAUAAAGCACAUGAUGAAGAGGUAUGAGGCUUUAGGGUGGCAUCCACCUGAGUUUUCAGCUUUCUUCUCAGACCUUCCAAGCAAUGACUUCAACACACUGUUCCAACUCCUUCCUCCACUUGCCAACUAUGGUGUCAGCAUGGAAGAGUGCCUUGCUGCCAACAACCACCGCUCCUACUUCGCCGCCGGAGUCCCCGGCUCCUUCUACCGGAGGCUUCUUCCGGCCAGGUCCGUUGAUGUUUUCCACUCAGCCUUCUCUUUGCAUUGGCUAUCUCAGGUGCCAGAAUGUGUAGUGGACAAGAGGUCAAGUGCAUACAACAAAGGAAGGGUGUUUAUCCAUGGUGCUGGUGAGAGCACAGCAAAUGCUUACAAGAAACAAUUCCAAACAGACUUGGCAGGCUUUCUGAAGGCAAGGUCAGUGGAGAUGAAGAGAGAGGGGUCCAUGUUCUUAGUUUGCUUGGCCAGAACUUCAGUAGACCCCACAGACCAAGGUGGGGCGGGCCUUCUCUUUGGGACCCACUUUCAGGAUGCUUGGGAUGAUCUUGUCCAAGAGGGAUUGAUUAGCCAAGAAAAACGAGACAGUUUCAACAUUCCAGUUUAUGCUGCCAGCCUGCAAGACUUCAAGGAGGUGGUUGAAGCAAAUGGUUCAUUUGCCAUAGACAAACUUGAGGUAUUCAAAGGAGGAAGCCCCCUUGUGGUGAACCAACCAGAUGAUGCAAGUGAAGUAGGAAGGGCUCUAGCCAAUAGCAUUAGGACAGUGUCUGGAGUACUUGUUGAUGCUCACAUUGGUGACAAACUAAGUGAGGAGCUUUUUCUUAGAGUGGAGCACCGAGCCACUUUUCAUGCCAAAGAGCUAUUAGAGCAACUACAGUUCUUUCACAUAGUUGCAUCCCUUUCUUUUGCUCAAUGAUUAGAGACUCGGAGAAAAAGGUCACUUGAAGAUAACUAGACGACAAAGGCUUUUCUCCACCCCCUCCCCCUUUUUUCUUUGUGUGUUGUGCUACUACUACAUAGGAGUCAGAAUACACAAAAGAGAGAAAAGAGAGGUUGACCAUUCAUCCCCAACCUUUUGUCUUCUCCCUCUUUUGCUUGGUGUUUGUGUGUCAUACUGCUGACUCCAGUUACUUGCUACACAUUAUGCGCUUUCUGACUUAUGUUCCCUUGGAUCUGAACUAAUUCUGGUCUCUACAUAGCAUACAUAUUAUAGUGUCCAUAUCUUGUGAAAAUUGUAUGAAUGG